AUGUUUUAAUUCUAUAAUGAUUUUGAUGGAGAAUUUUUUGAUUAGUCUUAGGAUAGAGAGGAAUAAAAUGGAAAUUUAUCAUGUUAUCAAAAUGAAUAAUAUUGCUUUCAUACUGAAAAUCCUAAAUUAAACACACAAGUUUAAGUUGAUAGAUAUUAAACUUUGAUGAGUUUAGAUGCAGAUACUAAAAAUAUUCCAAAAACAUUUGGAAAUAACUUUAAAAAGUUUAUGAAGGAUAAAAUAUAAGAAAAUGAAAAAUAUUUUUAAGAAAAUCCUAUUUCAAAAUCAUUGGCAAAUUUUAUUAAUAAAAAAAAGACAUCCAAAUCAGCUGAUUAUACAAUUCAAGAUUUUAGAAAUAUUUUUCAUUGUCUUUAAACCAAUUAUUGGUUUCAAUUUUAUGUCGAAAAUGUUUUAUUCUUGGAUUUAAUUAAUUCUAAUAGGAUAAAUGAUGCUGAAAAAUAUAUUAAAUUUAUAGAACAAUAUUUAGCAGGAGCUAAAGAUCCAUUAAAUUUUAUUUCAAGUCGUCCAAUUAAAGAUAAAAAAUAAAACUUUAAGAUCAAAAAAUUGAAUGAAAAAUUAGGAGAUGUUCAAUAAUUUGAAGAUUUGUUUCUUCUACAUGUAUAAGAAGAUAUAUUGAAUUAAAAUUCAAAUGUCUUUUAGAAUGAUGAUUAAAUGAAUUUAAUUGAUAUUUAAAUUUUAAAUCAUAAAGUAAAUGACGAUGAAUUUAAAGAUGAUAAUGAUUGA